AUGACACGACCGCAGCAGCCACGGAUAGACCUAAAUCACGGAUACAUGCGGUUCAUCCGCCGAAACCAGUUGGAUCGCGACGAGUUCGAUCGUGUGCACGAGCAGAGGAAAUCUGAAAUUCGGGAGAGAAUCAGCGAAGCACAACGGGCUGCCGAGACAGCGAAACGACCAAAUGUCUACGUUCCACCGCAUCUUAGACGGCAGAGAGCAGCAGCAGAGUUGGAGCAGGCAGUGAUGAACCCUCGCUCUACACCGUCUCGAUCAGAUUCAUCGGAUUCCUCGACACACUCGGACGAUCAUCCAGAAGACGUGGCGGUGGUGGAUUGUCCGAUUCGAAAGAAACAAAAAGACGCGGAUGAUCACGUCAGGAGACAAGUUCGAAAACGAAUCGAACGAACGUAUCCGACAGUUGAUGAUAUAUGUUGCACAUUAGCCAAUUAUAGUCUACAAGAAGAGGAAGAUGACGUUGGAGGUGGAGGAGACGAACACGAGGAUUUGUUUGUGUUGGAGUUGACACUCAAAAAUGGAGAACCGAAGACGAUUGGAGUGCCUAGGAACACAAAAGCGGCCCGUCUCGCGAAAUCCAUAUCCCGCGAGAACAAUUUCGACGACUCGCAGUGCCGAAACCUGCGUCUUUUCAUCGAAGAACAACUCGAAUUGCGUAUGGCAAGCCUUAGAAGACGUCGGAAGUCUCCAGAAGCAUCACUACCAACGUCUCCAACCACUUCGACGGCUUCUGAAUCCUCAACGACGCCUUGGCCCGGACUAGGCGUCCCCGCCACCCCAUCCGUCACAAUUCCCGUCCUUCCACCGUCAGCAGAAGUAGCGCAAGCCGUGCCACAAGAUCCCCAUCCAAGAGACCCCAAUCACCGUCCACAACCACAGAAUCAGCAGAAUCCAGCACAAGAUCCUGCAGCUCCUCCUGCCCGCCGAGGUUACGCUCACGAUAAUUCAGUGGUGACACCGAUGACGAUGGUGAAGACGUUGGUGGCACUGGCCACUGAGAGAAUGCUUCUGAAGACGAGUGGACCCACGUUUUUGAGAGGAAUCGAGUUUAUGUACGCGGCUGGAUUGGCACCAGACAGACUAUCGGUUAUGAUGACGUCUUCACACAAAUAUGUGCUACAGUUUCAUUCAAAAUGUGAUAUCAGACCGUUUGCAGCGAAUUAUCCCAAUUUUGGAAGGGUUCUCAGAGGCAUUGUCCAUGUCCGCGAAUGGCGCAUAAAAUCGAUUGAAUUCGUAAACGUUGCCUUCUACAUGCGCGACGUUGACAAUCUGGAACGAGCGAUUGAGAAGCUGGGCGUCGAGCUGGUUCUCCUCCGAAAUUGCACAUAUCCAGGAGUCAACCGAGGCGAUGAAGCCGUCAAAUUUCUGUCGGCACUGAACAGAAAGAAACAAGCAGUUGUAUGUGAAUACGGUGAUGAUCGUCUGAAGCAUCGAAUCGGAAGGAGGGCAAGCGGAGGACACAGAACACGACGAGCCAGUAGGAAUGGAGCAGGCGCAGGACAAGAAGUCGUUCCUCCAGAUGCGGCGAAUCCACCGCCAGCGAUUCCAGAAGGACCAGGACCAGCAGCAGCAGCGCCGAUCAUCGCCCCACUACAGGCACGUGUACAAAUUCAAGAAGUCCGCCGCCCGAUCCCUUUGAAUCAAGAACAAGCUCGCAGGAUAAUGAAUCAGCAGCUGAUACCACUGGAACAAGUGGCUGCGGUGGCUCCAGGAGUUGUUGGAAACGAUGAGCCACAGAUUAGACCGGGACCACAGCCAUCGAAUGGACGAGUCGUCGUCGGAGCACAUGUCUACGAAUUCAGAGCCAUUGAUGUGCCACCCAAUGGAGAUCAGCCACAGGUUCAUAAUGUCAACCACCUCCUGAACGUGCUCCAGGACAACUCUGCAAACGACGUUCGUGUCAUAGUCCUCCCAUCCCGUCAAGGCCAACCAGGAGGCAACCCAAUCAACCUGAACAACAAUGAUAACAAUGGAAUGCCGGCAGUCCCAGCAGACGCCUCGUUCCAACACUAUGUGGCUCCGAUUCGUGCUCAAAUUCCGGUUCUUCACAUGCCACCACAACCGGCACAGAGAGGAGUUCCAAUGCAACAGGCACAUAUUCAUUACGAAGCACCCGCACAGUUGAUGGGAGCCAGAGGACAGUUUCAUUUUAAUGCUCAUCGCAAUGAACUUGUGAAUCGUGAGCCCCUCCACCAUCACAUUGCUCAUAUUCCAUUAGGACCGUCGGUUCCAAUGUUUGGAGACGCUGUCAACGAGCCACUAGUCCAACGAAACGGUGACGAUUCGAACGAUUCGACGGACCGGGAGGAGAUGGCCGAUGAUGCGGAGCAACGGCGAAAUGAGGUGUUGAGGGAUUUGGUGGCUGAUCCAGAAGCUCAGCCGAACUUUGCGCCAGUCGAGGCGGAAGCUGUAGAUUUGGAUAUGUUGGAGGAGGAAGCAGAGGGAGAAGAGGACGAAGUGAUGGAAGGUGUGAUUGUCAAUGGGCAGCAAUUUGUGAUCGAAAAUCAACAACAACCAGUCAUUCAAUAA